GACAUGCUCAUUCUCGCUGCGGCUGUGACAUUGUCUGAGUUCGUAGUUCGCUGAGCAUACUGCCGAUUAACCUUGCCCUCACGAAGCUCUUCUUUAGUGCUCUAGUUCAUCAGCCUGGUGGUCCUCGACACGUGUGGAGCGGGCUCACCCCCAGCCUGGUAUUGGGCGGUACCCACGUCCACACUGGAAGAGGCCAAGUGAACAGCGCUGACCAGGCUCGAUCGCCGCCACCGCCACCGCACCUCGCCCAGUCACGAUACGGCAGGGCCAUUAACGGUGUGGUUCGUGACACUGGAGUCGAGGGUCGUUGUGACAGUUGGUGUCGUGAGGUUGACAUCUUUGGGGAUCGCGUAAAGAGCUAUAAUUUCAGCAACAGCAAUGGAGGGACAACUGUCAGGCUGCUCCGAAGGCUACUGACAAUUAUUGGGCAAGCACGCAUACCCUGUAUGGCGUGUUCAUGAUAAAUGGAGUAAUAAAUUAGGUGAGGGACGAUACUCGGGAUCCCGUCUGGACCAGUGCACCUUCAUACUCUACGGAGGCAACUGGAGGUUCACACUUAACGGUUUGCCGCCGUGGUACUGAGGUUUGCCCUUAGUCUCCAUUGUGAGGCUCAGCAGGCCGUAACUAAGGCUGAUACACAUUUCCGUGGAGGUUACAAGAACCAAAAGAAAGCUAUUUAGUUCAUUAUUCUACUCGACUAUUCUUCCAACCAAAAAUCUGCAAACAUGAAGCCAGAAUGCGAAUUUUUUGCUGGAUCUGCUCGCAUCCUGAAUGAGGAGACUGUCAUGGAUGUCAUCCGCGAGUAUGCCAAGGAACCGGGACAGGAGGACCCCUUUUUUGUGAUGGAUGUUGGCGAUAUCAUCCAGAAGAUCAAGGUGUGGAAGCUCAAGUUGCCUCGUGUGAAGCCAUUCUAUGCUGUCAAGUGUAAUGACAAUCCAACUCUUCUGGAAAUCCUUGCUGCUUUAGGAAUUGGAUUUGACUGUGCAUCAAAGGCUGAGAUUCAGAAGAUCCUUCAGCUGGGAGUUGACCCAUCUCGCAUCAUCUAUGCCCACCCUUGCAAGCCAGCCUCCCACCUGCGCCAUGCAGCCAAAGUGGAGGUCCCUCUAAUGACCUUUGACAAUGAAACAGAGCUUCACAAGAUCAAGGCUUAUUACCCACAGGCAAAGCUAGUUAUCCGGAUCCGUUGUGAUGCAGUUGAUGCACAGGCUCCCCUGGGCAUGAAGUUUGGUGUGCUUCCUGAACAGGUUGGAGCUCUCUUGGCCACUGCUCAGGACCUUGGCUUGAACAUAGUGGGAGUGUCAUUCCAUGUUGGCUCAGGCUGUCGUGAAUCUGCUGUCUUCUACCGAGCUAUUGCUGCAGCUAAAGAUGUUUUUGAAGAAGCCAUAGGUAUUGGUUUCAAUCCUUACCUGCUGGAUAUUGGUGGUGGUUUUCCUGGGACAAGCAACUCUUCUUUUGAUGAAUUAGUAGAGUAUGUCAAUAAGGGACUGGAUGACUUCUUCCCAGAAGGGUGUGGUGUUGAGAUCAUUGCAGAACCAGGUCGUUAUGUAGUGGCCUCAGCCUUCACCCUGGUCACCAACAUUGUAGCCAAGAGGGAGGUGACUGAUGACAACGGAUCCCUUGUCUCCACCAUGUACUACAUCAAUGAUGGCGUCUAUGGGUCUUUCAACUGCACACUGUAUGACCACCAGACUGUUGAUGUUGCCUUGCUCGAGGAUCAGGAUGACGAGCCUUACUUGCCCUGCUCCAUCUGGGGACCAACAUGUGAUGGUAUUGAUCAAGUGAUGUCAGAAGCAAAACUUCCACGGCUGGCAUGUGGGGAGUGGCUGGUGUGGCGGGAGAUGGGCGCGUACACACUCGCUAUAGGUGGAAGCUUCAACGGCUUCCCUCAGCCGAAGGUCACUGUUGUCAUUCCACACCACACAUGGCUGUACUUGGAGGAACAUCUUGGCAAUGCUGCUCCCAUUACAUCAUCUGGGGCCCAGAGUGAAGUAGGCUGUGCACCCCAAGAACUGCACAAGGUGGACGGGUUGGCAGCCACGAGUGUGACAGCUCGCUACACCUGCGCCGCCAACACCAUGGACCCCGUCACCCUGGAGGACCGCAUGGCUCAGGCAUUCAUUGAUGUAGGUGAAAUGUAAAGAAGUAACCAAAUGAUCAUAAUGUAAAAGUAGGAAUUGGUUCUUGUCAUGUGCAAUGCUUUUUAAUGCAGUUAGCUAAGGAGAUAUGAUGUACUCAGUCAAAGCUGCAGUAACUUGGGUGAUUACAUUUCCAUUUUGUGUUGUUUUAUGGGGUUGGGACGUUUGUGUAUAAAACAUAUCCAGAUUAGUAUUUGAAGUAGUAGUUGACAUCAGAACAUUGUGCUCUGUGAAUUUAGAAUAGCUGACUCAAGAUCCAGUGUCUAGUGGUGGUUGUUAUAUUUAGAAUACAGUUGCAUGCAUGUAAGGUUUGUAGACAGAAGGGAAUUUAGUUUGAAAUAGUUGGUCAUCAUGUUAGAAUAUACUGCAUUGCUUUGACUGGUACUGAAGCCAUUCCUAGGAUUGGCACCCCUAAUAACUACUUAAGAAGCUUUGUCCUGUAUCAAGAAUUGACUACUUUGAUAUUGGCUUUGAAAGGCAUAUGGCAAUAUUAUUCUGAUGUAAUCCAGUCAGUAUUUUUUGAAAAUUGCAGUUUUGUUGUUUUCAGGAAAACAUCGUCUAGUGAAAGUUUUGUUCAAUAUGGUCUAAAAAAUCAAGAUCACUUUUGUUAUCCAUCUAUAUGAUUGCAGAAAAUGUCUAAUUGGAAUAAUGAGAACAUUUGUGAAGUCCCUGUAGAACCUUUAGGUGGUGAAGCUCCCAGCAGUACAAUAGCCUGUGUGUUACUGCUUACAGAACAUCAUCAGGAGCUGUAGGCUCAGUCCUCUUAGUCUCCCCAUUUCAGGUUGAAAAAACAAACAUGUGUUACUAUUAUUGCAGAUCAAUUUCCAGUAUUAUAAUGCCCACCUCACUUCACUUCCAACUUGGUGAUACUAAAGGUUUUCUUCUGGAACUUGUAACCCCAUGGCAAUGUGUAUCACUGCCUAACUUACGGUACUGCUCAGCAGUACUAUUUAAUUGAAUUGGCAAAUUAAAUGUUAAAUUUC